CAUCGGGGCACCCGCGGGCUGUCAGGCGGUGGGAGGGCGGUUCUCCUUCUUUGCUGUACGUCGCUGUUCCUUCCAAGUAAUUUGUCAACUUGACAGAAAUGAGUGUUCGGGCAUUUUGGCUGGUGGGGCUGGAGAGGGGAGAAGCGCCGUCAGUGAAGUUCUCGAGACAAUAUCCAACAGUUGAAAAAAGAGCCAAAGUUUUCAAUGGGGAUACCUAUACAGAAGUGCCAGAAGAUGGUAUCUUUCUUGGUGCACUGUUGUGUGAACUUGGUAUGACUGAUCUGGACAAGAACUUUGUGGAACUCAGAGAUAGUUGUUGCAGAAUAAAUAGGACAUCAAUCUAUGAAAUUGCUGUUGGAGAUGGAACUCUUUGGCCUGUUCUUGUAAUGACACAAAAUGCCGUCCUCUUUGCUUGCCUUCCUUUAGUUGAACAGCCUUUGAAUCCCCACCCACCAUUAAUAAACCUACAUGGGAUUUCUGCUGCAUUUGCACUACUAACGGGGUUAAUGGCCUUUCUAAAUGUGUCACAGAGAAAUGAAUCAGAUGUUGCCACUAAGGUUGCUCAGCUCCCUGUAAUGUUGAUGCAUGCAUGUCCGCUUGGCACUCCAACAGAUACUGAUUUUGGAUGGAUGCAAACCCUCUCCGGAAGCCAUGGUCCUCAUAAUCCAGUACAGACCCAAAAGCAGCCAGCUUGGAAACCUGGUACAUACAAAGGAAAACCACAGGUUAACGUCUCUGUCACUGAACAAAUUCGGUCAAUGCAGUAUGGCAAGAAAGAUGUAAUUGAUGUAUGGCAAGAUUAUGGAACUGUAACAUGUAAGUGUGACUUGGAAGGAAUAAUGCCAACUGUUACCGUAAGCCUGAAUUUACCCAUCAAUGGAUCUCCUCUCCAGGAUAUUCUUGUGCAUCCUUGUGUCAGUGUAGUUGACUCCACUAUCCUUACUUUUAAUAGCGUGGAUGAUAUGGAUGAUUCACUGUUCAAUGGACCAUACAAGUUUCCCUUCACACCACCAUUAGAUGUAUUUAAACUCUGCUACUACACUUCCCAAGUACCAAUCCCUCCAAUUCUUGGUUUCUAUCAAAUGACAGAAGAAAAGCAACAAUUAAAGAUUGCAGUCAAUCUAAAACUUCAUGAGAGUGUCAAAAAUGGAUUUGAAUAUUGUGAAGCUCAUAUUCCCUUCUUUAACAGGGGUCCAAUUAUAAACACUGAUUGUAAGGUGAACCAUGGGCAGCUAGAGGUGGCACGAGAGAAAAGCUUACUGGUUUGGAUCAUUGGUCAGAAAUUCCCAAAGUCAUUGGAAGUAUCUUUAACUGGUACAGUAACAUUCUGUGGAGUUGGUGCUGCAAACCAACCAAUGCAGCCAACCGAUCCAUUCUGUAUUGGACUUACAGCAUAUGUUAAGCUUUACUUCCGAAUCCCAGAUUAUACAUUGACUGGUUGCUAUGUGGACCAACAUUCAGUGCAAGUCUACUCUUCAGCAAAGCCUAAAAUUGUCACAUCCAAGGAGCUGCUUUCUUCUGAGUACUACAUCUGGAACUCCAAAGGUGAUGCACCCAUAGCCAGCAGGUCCUUACUAUCCUGAAGUAGUUUGGACAAACAUACGGACAACAGUUUUAAAAUUAUCCGUUGCUACAAUUAAAGAAGAAACAGCUGCAUUUCAAAGGGAUUCCGAUUCUAGAAGCUUAAUCGUGAUUGACAAGCCCUUCUUAUUCUGGGCAAUAAGAAAACUCUGGGAGUCCUUUCUUCAGCUGAAACUUCAAUCAUUUUAAAAAAUUAUCUCAUUUGGAUUUCAUUCUACUCCUUUUAUAACUAUUCUGCUAUACAAUUUUACAAAGUUGAAAGAUGCUUAGUAUUUGCAGUGUAUAUGAAAUGCAUUCAUCCCAAGAUUGGUGCCAGACCUAUAUUGUUGACGGGGAAGAAGCCAAAAUCCAUUUAGCUUCACAACACAGUUAUAAAACAUUGUGCAAAUCCUGCACACGGUCUUCUGUCACAACACUGUUAUCAGUGUACAUAAAGGCAGCUUGCAGCAUGCUAUUCUAUAAGGUAAAAUGUCUAGGAAGUGUGCACAUUAAAGCUACUGUUUUAAGUAUUUUCACAGCUUUUUGUAAAGGGGACAGCACUUUGUCAUGUGGAGGACUUGUAAGUAGAUUAGCAAAUGAAUUCUAGCAUAUAGCCUUGUUUUCCUCAACUGUACCUUUUCAGUAAUUAUUGUUAAAGGUACCAGCUUUUGCCUGUACAGUUGUUACCUUAUAAUGUUGGUGCCGGGUUAUAACAUCUAAAUAAGAUCAAAGUAAAUUUAAACUACCCUUUUUUUUUAUACUUUUAGCCGUUAUUUGCAGUUCCUCUUACAACUAAAAAUAAAGCUGAAUCUUCCUGAAGUAGCCAGACAUCUGUAACUAAGAUAAUCCUAUGGGUACAGACAGUGAAAAUCUAACCAAUUGCAGAGGCCAUCAUAGUUAAAUCAAAUCCUGCUUUGCCUCACACUCAGGCGUAGAUGUUAGUAGGGAUUGCUGGGCAGUCUCUGCUGCAGAAAUCUCAGCGAUUUUUCAUCCCUUUUCCAGCCACAGUGUCUAGGGUCAAUUGUAGAAUACCUGUCUCCAUUCCAAUGAAUUUAGUGUUCUGGUGGUAUACGAGGAACUAUAUUUAUCUUGUGAGCUAAGAUAACAGCAGAUAAGGACACUUAACACAGAAGCAAAUUCCAGCUAAAUUAAUUUUGGAAUAAUUUUCCAAGAGAUAAAGAUAGUUAAUGAUGACUGUAAACCGGAGAUUAAUUUCAGUUCAUGAUGUAAGAGACACAUGAAAGAUCUGCACAAACAAGAUUGUCAAAUCAUACUUGAUAUAUGUAUGAUUAUAAUGACCAAUACUUGGAAGCAAAUGAUUUAAUUAAAAGCCUACUAAUUUCCUUUUGUAUAAUGGAACAUGCUGUGUCUUUGGCCAUUGUAUUAAAACUCAAUAUUAAUUUUCUAUUCACCACUAAUAUAGUUCUGAGCUUGAGAUGAUGACAUACGUGAAUAAAGGUUAGGUAGUAUGUAUUAUCAAAAAACCUAUGGACUGCUUGAAGUAUGUACUUUCAAAAGUGAUGUUAAUAUAAAACAGCCUUAUAUUUUAAUUACAACUGAAAAGUCUAUUUUGUAAAAGAAUGGUUUCUUAUCCCGCUGCAAGCUCCUCAAAUUUGCAUCUAAGAAAAUGUCUGAUAUACGCUGAGUGGCCGCUUUAUUAGGUACAGGAGUGGAACACUGAUCUUCUCCUGCUGUAGCCCAUCACUUCAAGGUUCGACGUGCUGUGUCUUCGGAGCUGGUCUUCCGCCCACCACUGUUGUAACACAUGGUUAUUUCAGUUACUCUUGCCUUCCUAAUGGCUUGAACCAGUUUGUCCAUUCUCCUCUGACCUCUCUGAUUAACAAGGCAUUUUUGCCCACAGAACUGCUGCUCACUGGAUGUUCUUUUUGGUUUUCGCUAAACUCAGAGACUAUUGUGCAUGAAAAUCCCAAGAGAUCAGCAGUUUCUGAGAUAGUCAAACCAUCCUGCCUGGCCCCAACAAUCAUUCCACGGACAACAUCACUUAGAUCCCAUUUCUUCCCCAUUCUGAUGUUUGGCAUGAACAAGAACUGCACCUCUUAAUCAUGUCUGCAUGCUUUCAUGCACUGAGUGGCUGCCACAUGAUUGAUUAGUUAUUUGCAUUCACAAGCAUGUGUACCUAAUAAAGUGGCCACUGAAUACAUGUCUGGUACCCAAUAAUAGCUCCUCGCUGAAGAGAAGUAGAUGACUUGUUCCCAGUCAGCUUUUCAAUUAAAUAUUGUGAGGACAGUUUGUAAAUAGCUUGUUUAACUUGUCCUUUAAUCAUCUUUCCAGUUUGAAGAUUCUUCCUUCUAUUGGUUUAACUUAAAAUAAAUUAUUCUCAUGCUCAAACCCUCAUCAAUCAUGCCUUUCUAUUUAGAUGUUUCUUUUCAUUUCCAAUACACUGUGGAAAUAAUUGAUGAACAGCCAUCAAGCACUAAUUUUACUAAUCUGAAUAUUUAAUUGUCUUAUUAACAUUUUAUAUAUAAAUAUAUAUAUAUAUAUCUAAGUUCCAUGUGAAAGAUUAAAAGGUUAUUUUAAGCCUCCAAUCAUGCUUAUGUUCUAUUUAUAGAAGCUAUUUUUACAAGCCUCAUUUAUUGCUGUUAUUGCUCUAACUUUUCUUAUUUUGUUCAAUUUUACAAUGCAUAUAAACAAAUUCUAUAAUGAUGA